AAUUACGCACAUUUUCUGGACUUCUGGGUUGGGUUGGGGAGAGCUGAAAAGAUAGGAACUUUCAGCUCCUCAUCUCAUCACACCUGACACCUCAUUCAACAUCUCUUAUCUUUUCCUUCUAAAGUAAUACAUAAACCAUAUAGAGAGACGUAUAUAGUGAUACGAUACCCAUUAUUCAACGAUCCAAGAUUCUCCCUUUCCCACAUUUCCCUUUAAAUUUCUGUCUGUCUGUGUGAUCCGUUCAUUUCCAAGAACGAUUAUGUCGGUUCCUGAUUCUGAUUUUCCGGAUGGAUUGCUGCUCCCUAACAAUUCUUUUGUCAAGGAACGGGAGAAGAUCAUCAUAGACACGGAUCCUGGAAUUGAUGAUGCUAUGGCAAUACUAAUGGCAUUCCAAACACCACAUUUGGAGGUAUUAGGAUUGACAACAGUGUUUGGUAAUGUUAAGACACAAGAUGCUACACGGAAUGCAUUACUUCUGUGUGAGAUCGCAGGAUGUCCUGGCGUUCCUGUUGCAGAGGGUAGCUACGAACCACUGAAGAGGGGACAUCCACGUAUUGCAGAUUUUGUACAUGGUUCAGAUGGAUUGGGUAACACAGAUUUACCUCCUCCAAAGUCCAAGAAAAUUGAGAAGACUGCAUCUGAAUUUCUGGUUGAUAAAGUUUCUGAGUACCCUGGUGAAGUAACUAUACUUGCUCUAGGACCUCUCACAAACUUGGCUUUGGCUGUCAAGAGGGAUUCAACCUUUGCAAGCAAGGUGAAGAGAGUGGUAAUCCUUGGUGGUGCUUUCUUUGCUUUAGGAAAUGUUAAUCCUGCUGCCGAAGCCAAUAUCUUUGGGGACCCAGAAGCUGCAGAUGUUGUGUUCACUUCUGGUGCAAAUAUUGAUGUUGUUGGCAUCAACAUUACAACACAAGUCAAAUUGACGGAUUCUGACCUUGAUAGUCUGAGGCAAUCUAAAGGAAGAUAUGCUCAAUUCAUAUGUGAUGCAUGCAAAUUCUACCGAGAUUGGCAUGUGAUGUCCGAUGGUGUUUAUGGAAUUUUCCUUCAUGAUCCUGUCAGUUUCGUGGCACUAGUCCGACCUGAUCUCUUUUCAUUUAAGAAAGGGGUUGUGAGAGUUGAAACACAGGGCAUUUGCGUAGGCCACACGCUUAUGGACCAAGGCCUAAAAAAAUGGAAUUCAAGCAACCCGUGGUCAGGCUAUUCCCCGAUUUCAGUUGCGUGGACAGUCGACGUGGAUGAAGUCGUGAAUUAUGUGAAGAAUAUGCUAAUGAAACCAUGAGAUUUUCAUUCUCUUUUCUUCAAGGAAAAUCCCACUCUCAACAUUUCAUUUCUUGAAAACCAAAGUGAAUUAUCUGCAAUUCUACAAGUUUCUUUUAUGGCAGUUUGUGAGAAACAUUGUCCAGAAUAUGGUUUUAACUUUGUUGUUCACGUUAACGACAUCAACUGCCAAUUGACAUCUAUAAAGCUUUUUCAAUCAUUUUUUU